AUGGCUCUGUUGGCCACUUGCGCGAUGCAUUCGAGUCUGCGUCGGCUGUUGUGGAGCAACAUGGCCUUCUGGCUGGAGCCGACGCUGGCCGGUCUCUUCAGCCAGCACCGAUCGUGUCGCGAGGAGGCCUGCUACGCCCUGGCCUACCUCUUCAGCGAGGCCAGUCUGGCGCGCGACAUCCACUGCCAACUGAACGUCGACCUGGAGCACGACGUGGCCGCGGCCGUGGUACGUGCCAUGGAGACGCAUCGCGAGUCGUUCAUGCACUACUACUGCCUCGUCGGAUUCAUCCUCGAGGGCUGUCCCAGCUUCACGGUGCUCGAGUGCAUACUCGAGCGGUGUCCCGUCAGUCGGUGUCGCCUGCUCCACCAUAUCUGGCCGCGAUUCGUCUAUUUGGCCGUGAAACACUGGCCCUUGGUGCAUCUACAGCAGGACCGCGGCCAUCUUCGCCGUCUCGGCGAGGCUCUUGAACGUGCCUUUCUCAGACCCAUCUCGCGGCGACAGGCCAACAUUGCCCUUCUGCAACUGGGCAUCAAGUACAAACGCGUCUCCAGGCUGGUGACGCACUGGUGUUCUGAGUGGGUGGAUGAAGUUUAG